AUGGCAGGGAACUGCGCGCGGAGGCCCGGCGCUGGCCGUCCGCACGUAUUGCUCCCCUUGCCUGUGUUCUGCCCCUACUCCAUCCCGGAGGAGCCCCAGGGCGCGGUGGUGGGGAAGCUCGCCCGCGAUCUCGGCCUCAGCGUCGCGGGGAAGCUGCGAGUGAGCGCCGAAAGGCUGCACUUCGGUGUGGACGCCGAGAGCGGGGCCUUGCUGGAGAAGGAUCACGUAGACCGCGAGCAGAUAUGCAAAGACAGAAGGACGUGUGAGCUGCAGCUGGAAGCCGUGGUGGAAAGCCCUUUAAAUAACUUUCAUGUCAUUGUGGUGGUUGAGGAUAUCAAUGACCACGCUCCUCGAUUGGAUAAAGAUGAAAUAAACUUAGAAAUAAGUGAGUCCGUCAGCCCAGGAAUGGGAACAAUUUUUGAGUCUGCAAAAGAUCCCGCUAUCAGUGUGAAUUCACUGAGCAAAUUGAGUCCUGACGAGUAUUUCUCGCUGGGUAAAGACAAUCCGGAGGGUGGCAAAUAUCCAGAAUUGGUACUGCAGAAGGCCCUCGACCGAGAAACGCACGCUCACCGCCUGGUGCUGACAUCCUUAGACGGUGGGGACCCUCCCCAAAGCGGCAGCACUCAGAUCCGAGUCCAAGUGGUGGAUGCCAAAGAUAACCCCCCAGUGUUCAGCCAGGAGUAUAGAGUCCGCCUUAGGGAAGAUGUGCCUCCAGGUACCUCCGUCCUAAGGGUAGAGGCCACGGACCAGGACGAGGGCAUCAAUGAGGAGUUCACUUACUCCUUCCUGGGUGUGGCUGGCAAAGCCCAGCGCGCGUUCUGUUUGGAUUCUAGCACAGGAGACAUUGUGACUCGUCAGGCCUUGGAUUUUGAAGAAGUAGAAAGGUACACGAUGAGUGUGAAGGACCGAGGGUCUCUCUCCUCUCGAUGUAAAGUAAUUAUGGAAGUUCUAGAUGAAAACGACAGCAGACCAGAGUCAAUCAUCUCUGAUCAAAUUCUGGAGGAUUCCCCUUCGGGAAUGGUUAUUGCCCUCAUCAAAACAGGGGACCAAGAUUCUGGGGAAAACGCAGAAGUUACGUGUAGUUUAAGCAGAGAGAGUCCAUUUAAACUUCAGUCUUCUUCUAGUAAUGACUACAAGUUAGUAACAGAUAGAAGCUUGGACCGAGAGUAAACCCCAGAAUACAAUGUCACUAUCACAGCCACGGACAAAGGCAAGCCGCCCCUCUCCUCCAGCAUAAACAUCACUCUGCACAUCUCAGACGUUAACGACAACGCACCUUUCCAAUAUCCCGCCUACCUGGUUCACAUACCAGAAAACAACCAGCCUGGUGCUUCUAUAACGCAGAUCAAAGCUUUGGAUCCUGACCUGGGACACAACGGGCAGAUGGUCUACUCCAUCAUAGACAGCAACCUGGAGCUCAGGACGCUGUCGUCCUAGGUGUUGAACCCCGACAGCCUGGUGGUGUUCGUGCAGCGCGCCUUCGAGCAGACUCUGCGGGCGCGGGACCAGGGCUCGCCCGCGCUCAGCGCCAACGUGAGCCUCCGCGUGCUGGUGGAAGACCGCAACGACAACGCCCCGCGGGUGCUGUACCCCGCGCUCUUCGACACGGUGCCACGCGCCGCCGAGCCCGGCUACUUGGUCACCAAGGUGGUGGCGGUGGACGCCGACUCGGGACACAACGCCUGGCUGUCCUACCACGUGCUGCAGGCCAGCGACCCCGGGCUCUUCAGCCUGGGGCUGCGCACCGGCGAGGUCCGACAGCGCCUCUUGGUCGCUGUGCGCGAUGGUGGACAGCCGGCCCUCUCGGCCACCGCCACGCUGCUCCUCGUCUUCGCCGACAGCCUGCAGGAGGCACUGCCCGACCUCAGUGACCAUCCUGUGUCCCCUGACCCGCAGGAGGAGCUGCAGUUCUACCUGGUGGUGGCCUUGGCCUUGAUCUCAGUGCUCUUCCUGCUGGCUGUGAUUCUGGCCAUUGCCCAGCGUUUGUGACAGUCUUCCAGCUCAGCAACCAGGAGCUGCUUUGGAU